AUGUCUUCCUUUGGAUCUGUUUCAAACACUUCUGUCAUCAUUCACCCUCCAGGCUUCUACAUUGUUGGAUUUGAGUCAUUUCCCUUCAUAUCUGUGUAUUUCAUCUUCCUGGCAUUUGUUUAUGCGUUUUCAGUGAUGUUUAACUGUUUGCUGAUUUAUACAAUUGCUGUGAAUCACAGUUUGCACACUCCAAAAUUUCUGGCCAUCACCAACCUGGCAGUGAUAGAUGUAGUGCUUAACACCUGCACCAUUCCUGGCAUGAUAAAGAUUUUUCUCAUCAAAGAUAAUUUUAUUCCGUUUAACCUGUGUUUUGUUCAGAUGUUUGUAUAUUAUGUAUUUGUAGGUCUGGAGUCUUAUGCACUCACAAUACUGGCCUAUGACAGGCUGAUUGCUAUAUGUUUCCCUUUCAGGCAGAACUCAAUCAACACAGUGCGCAGCAUGAGCUGUAUUAUCAUUGUUACUUGGUGUUUUAUUCUGGUAUUGAUAACAUUCGCUACAAGCUCAAUGACCCGACUGUCUUUUUGCAACUCUGUCAGGGUGUUCAGUUAUUUUUGUGACUAUGCACCUGUGUUUCGACUUGCCUGUAAUGAUAACUCACUGCAGUGGGCUGUAUCUUCAACCCUCUCUGUUCUGAACCUGGGAGCACCUUUCAUUUUCAUCCUGCUCUCCUAUGUGAGCAUCCUGGUGACUGUGUUCAAGAUGAAAUCUGUGGACCGACGAGUGAAAACGUUGGCCACAUGUGUUGAACAUAUUAUUAUUGUUGCUAUAUUCUAUAUUCCUCUUCUUGUUAUUUUCUGCAUUGGGCUUUUUUCAAGGGCAGUUGACCCAGAGAAGAGAGUUUUAAGUCUGUCACUGGCCUCUUGCUUGCCUCCUUGCAUUAAUCCUAUUGUUUAUUCUCUGAAAACCAAAGAGAUAAAAAUUAGGACACUUGCUUUGUUUAGAAAAACCAAAGUUAACUCAAAAAUAUAA